CACUUCUGCUAACCUAUGAAUUACCUUCUAAAUUCAAAAUGCAGAAAAACAGACCAGUUUUUGAAAUCAAAACCAAACCCAAAAAAGUGACCCACUAAUUGCUGCUUGAAUUCAACAGUUAAACAAAAAUGGUGAAGGGUUUACAACAACAAAAUCUACCUGCUGAUGUAACCCAACUCGUCGAUCAAUUGGAGAGACAUUGCUUAGCUUCUGAUGGCUCCCUUGUGUCUAAAUCUGCUUAUUACGAUCUUCAACUCGCUAGAGAGGAGAUGUGUAGGGAAAGAUUGCGGUAUUUGGAAGCGAUGGCAAUUUAUUGUGAAGCAAUUACUAUGGUUGAAGAAUAUCAGCAAGCUUUAUCUGUUGCAAAUCCAGGUGGGAUUCGUGAUGUGCAGGGUCUUUACCCGCAGCUUGGUCUGAAAAACUCUCCUCAGGUUUAUGAGACUCUGGAGCAUCGGCUUGUUGUUGCUGAGGCAGCUCAAAAGUUGAGACUUCCACAUAUCUCCAAAGAUGGUGAGAUUCAUGAAGAGGAUAUUGAGAAAUGGAGUAUCAUGUCGAGAAGCUCUCUUGAUAGUAAUAGCACAAAUUUGACAAUGAGCUCAAGCACUACUUCAACUAAUUAUGCUACUAGUACCCCCAGUACAAUUGCAAUUGUUGCACCUUCUAAUGCGACUGAUACGAGUGAUCCUGGUAUUGGUGGAGUUCCAAAUCGUUAUUUGGGAAUCACUUCGAAUUAUUUAUGGCAGACUCAGUUACAUCAGGUUCCUUUAUCCGUGGGUAUGGCAGAGUAUCAGAUGUCACUCUUUCGUGAGAUCGAGGCUCGUUUGACAGUCAAAUGCGAUCAAGUUGCUGAUGCUAUUGUAAUGGAAAAUGUUGAUGGUUCAUCAGGACAUCAGAAUCUGAGUUCACGACUUCCAGAAAGGGUAAAGAUUAUUAUUGAAGAGAUAGAAAAAGACGAAGAAGCUUUGAAAGAGGAUCUCUACUCUGCUGAUAGAAAAUUUGCAGAAUACUACAAUGUUUUAGAGCAAAUACUUGGAGUGCUUAUUAAGCUUGUCAAAGAUUUGAAGUUGCUAAAUCAACAUAAAUACGAUGAACUGCAGAAAACUUGGCAAAUCAAGAGGCAUGAGGCAAUGGGUGCUAAACUGAGGGUAUUGGAGCACAUUCUUCUUGUUGCGACCUAUACUCAAGAAACAAUACCAGCUCUCCACAAGAUCAGGAAUUACCUUGUUGAGGCAACAGAAGAGGCUUCAACUGCAUACAACAAAGCAGUGACACGGCUUCGUGAGUACCAAGGAGUUGAUCCACACUUUGACACCAUAGCAAGGCAGUACCAUGACAUUGUUAAGAAACUGGAAAAUAUGCAAUGGACAAUUCACCAGGUUGAAAUGGAUUUGAAGUAUUUGCCUGAUCACUCGAGCACAUAGUACAGUUGUUUAAAUGAAUUUAGUGUGAACAUAUCACAUAUGUACUAUGUAUAUGUCAGUAUGUACUAUGCUGUAGUGAAAAUCUGGUAUUUCAUCUUUUUUUUGUAGAUUGUAAACCAGUACGAUUGUAAAGAAACCCAGCAGAUAAAUUCAUUCAUUCACAUCAUGCAAGUACCUGACAAAGCAAAGAAUGUAGCGAUUUUUAUUCUUCAUGUCAAAUUUAUGCUGAAGAGAUAACUGAUGAUUGAUGGAUGAAA